CCGUGGGGUGCAGUUAGGAAAGCCGCCGGUCUUGCUAAAGCUUCGGCUCCGUGUAGGUCUGUGGACCCAAAAAGGGCGUGGCGGCCCACCUCCACCUCCACGUAUGCGGAGACAGCCAGACAGGGCAAGGGCCAAGGGCGCAAGGCAAGCUCCAGCCCCAGCGCCAAAUGCGUCGCGCCGCCGCCGCCGCAGUGGCGGUCGACCCGCAGCUCCUAGCGGGCGCGGUCGAGGCGGCGAUCGCCUCCCGGUCCCCGCGGCUCGGCCGAGCGGCGCACGCGCGCGCGCUGAGGCUGCUGGCUCCGGCCCUCCCGCCCUUCAUCUGUGCGCACCUCGUCAACCUCUACUCCAAGCUCGACCUCCCGGGCGCCGCCGCCGCUGCGCUGGCCGCGGACCCCAGCCCCACCGUAGUGUCCUACACGGCCUUCAUCUCGGGCGCGGCGCAGCACGCGCGCCCGCUCCAGGCGCUCUCGGCGUUCGCCGCCAUGCUCCGCCUCGGCCUCCGCCCCAACGACUUCACCUUCCCUUCCGCCUUCAAGGCCGCCGCCUCCGCGCCGCCGCGCUGCGCCGCGGCCGUCGGGCCGCAGGUGCACGCCCUCGCGCUCAGGUUCGGCUACCUUCCCGACGACGCCUUCGUCUCGUGCGCCGCGCUGGACAUGUACUUCAAGACGGGCCGACUCGCUCUGGCGCGCCGCCUGUUCGACGAAAUGCCCAACAGGAACGUGGUCGCCUGGAACGCGGUCAUGACGAACGCGGUGCUCGACGGCCGGCCCAUCGAGACGGUGGAGGCCUACUUUGGGCUCCGGGGGGCUGGUGGGAUGCCGAACGUGGUCUCGGUCUGCGCGUUCUUCAACGCGUGCGCUGGCAUGACGUGCCUGUCCCUUGGGGAGCAGUUCCAUGGUUUUGUGGCCAAGUGCGGCUUUGACAAGGAUGUGUCCGUGUCCAAUUCUAUGGUGGACUUUUAUGGGAAGUGUCGAUGCAUGGGGAAGGCCAGGUUGGUGUUUGAUGGGAUGGGAGUUCGGAAUAGCGUGUCCUGGUGUUCUAUGGUUGUUGCGUAUGCGCAGAAUGGGGCAGAGGAGGAGGCUUUCUUGGUGUACUUGGGUGCAAGGAGAGCUGGGGAAGAGCCGACUGACUUCAUGGUUUCCAGUCUGCUCACCACUUGUGCGGGUCUGCUAGGACUUGACCUUGGGCGUGCUCUGCAUGCAGUUGCUGCCCGUUCCUGCAUUGAUGCAAAUAUUUUUGUUGCUAGUGCGUUGGUUGACAUGUAUGGGAAGUGUGGUGGUAUCCAAGAUGCUGAGCAAGUAUUUUUCGAGAUGCCUCAGCGAAAUCUUGUCACAUGGAAUGCAAUGAUAGGGGGUUAUGCUCAUAUUGGUGAUGCUUGGAAUGCACUUGCAGUGUUUGAUGAAAUGAUAAUGGGUCGAGAAACAGCACCUAAUUACAUCACAAUUGUCAAUGUUCUCACGGCCUGCAGCAGAGGAGGUUUGACAAAGGAAGGGUAUGAGUUGUUCCAGACAAUGAAGCAGAGGUUUGGGAUUGAACCAAGAAUUGAGCAUUAUGCUUGCGUGGUGGACUUGCUUGGUCGUGCAGGAAUGGAAGAGCAAGCUUAUGAGAUCAUACAGGGGAUGCCAAUGAGACCUUCCAUUUCUGUCUGGGGAGCACUACUUGGGGGAUGCAAGAUGCAUGGGAAGACAGAGCUAGGAAGGGUUGCUGCUGAAAAGUUGUUUGAACUUGAUCCUCAGGACUCGGGCAAUCAUGUUCUGCUCUCAAACAUGCUUGCAUCUGCUGGCAGGUGGGCAGAAGCAACAGAUGUAAGGAAGGAGAUGAAGAAUGUUGGAAUCAAGAAAGACCCAGGGCGCAGUUGGAUCACAUGGAAAAAUAUUGUCCAUGUUUUCCAGGCUAAGGACACAACACAUGAGAUGAAUAGUGAGAUCCAGGCAUUAUUGGCCAAGCUCAAAGGGCAAAUGCAAGGUGCUGGCUACAUGCCAGACACACAAUAUGCUCUCUAUGAUCUUGAGGAAGAAGAGAAAGAAUCAGAGGUGUUUCAACACAGUGAAAAGCUUGCUCUGGCGUUCGGAUUGAUAUGUAUACCACCUGGUGUACCUAUAAGGAUCAUGAAGAAUCUGCGAAUUUGUGUAGAUUGUCACCGGGCUUUUAAAUUCAUAUCUGGUAUUGUUGGUAGGGAGAUAAUUGUGCGGGACAACAAUAGGUUUCAUCACUUCAAAGAUUAUGAGUGUUCAUGCAACGAUUAUUGGUGAAAGUUUUAUCCACCAGUAUACUGAUGCAUGUUUUGUUGGCAUCUCUAGAACCACUUCUGCAGAUAUAGAAGGUAACUAUUUUAGUUCCUUUACAUCAUUUGUAUUCUGUCAUGUGACACACCCGGGCCUGAGAUGGUGUGGCCCCAAGACGACGGUGGCCUGGCUCCAAGGCGGCGACUCGCACCCUGGGCAACAGCGUGCACCCCGGGCUGCGGCACGGGCCUCAGCUCCCUUGUGGCUUCUGUGGGGUUAUAUUUAUCUAAGAUAUCUGGUUGAUUGACUUGCAGAGAGGAAGAAGUGCAAGUUCUUCCUUUCUAUAGCUGACCCUUGAACCAAGGUUUGUGCUGAACUAAUUUUCCUUUUCAAUGCCUUAGUGACAACCAAAGCUCAAUGGCCCCAUGAACUAUUUUUCUCUGUUUUAAGCAUAGUCUAGUUUGCUGUUCUGUUAGUAUAACUUGUACUCUUUAAAUUCUGUUAGUAUAACUUGUACUCUUUAAAUUUCCACCAUGCUACCAUGUCAAUGUCCCAUUAAAAAAUGUUUCUUAAGCAAUAAAUCUAUACAGCUUCAGAUAGAAACUUACACUGCUUCUAUCGCUAGAAAUAUUAAAGUGAUCAUUGGGACACUACUAAUGGUUGCUUUGUCAACCAUUUCUUAUUUCCAUCCACUGAUCUGAUAAUUGUGUAAUCUGGUAAUUGUCUAUCUAGUUAGCUAAUUUGGCCAGCUUAAGAGUAGAAACUUGUACACUCUUUCUAUCCUUCUGCUGUACAUGGUAACUAGAGGGACAUUAUUAUUGUGGUACUAGGAAUUGUAAUUUGUGACCAGCAAUGGAUUUGAGACAUUUUGGUGUAAAUUUUAUCGCUGCAGAUCCAUUGUAUGGGGUUUUAGGAUUCCUAAAUAUCCCUAUUGAUGGUACAGUGCCAGUUCUAGUUUUGUGCACUUCUGAUGUGAUGAAUUUAUUGCAGUGUUGUCACACUGCAUUAGUGAGGGAUUUACCAAGCUUUUUUAUUUGUUCUUCUGUAUAAGCAAUUCCAGUAGGUUCCUUCUAGUUGUAAAGUAGUUCUAAUAUUUCCUAUCUAUCCAUUUUCCACAUUGAGGAGGCUUUCCUCAAGCAGAUUUCUCAAAUUAUAGCACAAAGAAAUCUGGCAAAGGCGGCAACCGAUUCUUUGCAUUGACCUUGGCUUCAAAGACUCCCAGGAAAGCAAUUGAAGGUUUAAUGGUUUCACUUCGCUGGUGAUCCCUAGUGCUAUGACGUACCUUGUUUGAGAUGGUGAAGGACAACAUGUUCAGUUUAAUACUUUUCUGUUCUGAAUGGUUUUUUUGUUCCUGCUUGAUAGAAUUUUGUCCUAAAUAAUUAAAUUCGUAGUCUAGCUCCAAAUUUCAUUUGCUAUUUUGAAAACAAUGAGGCUAUGUUCCCUAGCACAUGAAAGCAAUGCAUUUCUUAGUGAUUAUCCUAACAUGCUUUAUUUAUAUGCAGAAGUAGAUCAGUUUUGCUUAAAGUCCCAUGACAUUUGCAAGAUCUCUAACAGUAGAAUAUUCCACUCCAGGUUUUGUUGAAGUGGAAGAACCCUGCUGAUGCAAGUAUUGAAAGUCUGUUAGUGCAAAAUAGGCUAAAUCUUUGUAUACAUAGCAUUAAUGAUGUACUAAAACAUCAGUGAUUCAGUGGGUCUUAGAUUUUCAUUGGAACGCUCAGUCUCGUGGGCCAUAUUUUAUUUAAUUAAAUCAAAUAAAUCCUAGGACCAUAUUUAA